AUGGUUUACAAUAACAACAGGAGACAAGAUUACAAUAGAGAUGAUAAUUACAGAAGUAGACCACAGACAAGGAGAGAAGACAACAGGAGACCACCUAUAACAGAACCAACAGAGAUUAGUCUUAAAGCCAACCUUUAUGAAUACGUAGGUAACCCGUUGACACUUUACAAAUACUCAGUAACAAUAGUACCAGAAGUAAGGAAAGCGCAACAAUUUAACUUUUUCCAUAAGAUAUGUGAACAUAAUAACUUUCUAGAUCAUGUGAUAGCUUUUGAUGGAUACAAUACAUUAGUAAGUAAUGAAAAUUUAGGAGAAUCACUAGUAUUAGAAUAUCCAUUAAAGGAAGGAAUGUCAAAAUGUACAAUUGAAUUUAUAAAUACAUACAAGAGUGAAGAUAAGUUAGAUAACUCAAGUGGGUUAAUAGAAUGUUUAGAUGUAAUAACUAGAUACCAUCAGAGAUUAAAUUAUCAUGUACAAAAGAGAAAAGUAAUAGCACCUGGAUCAAAAGGAACACCAAUAGCACCAGGUAGAGAGAUAAUUUCAGGAUUAUCACAUUCAUUUAUGUAUGAUAUUUCAGGAAAACUCUUUAUGAAUGUACAACCAGUAUUUGAUGUUUAUUACAAACCACAACCACUGAUUGAAAUGAUAAGGGAAUUUCAAGUAUUUAGAUCACAAGCAUAUGGACACAGUAUAGAUAGAAUAACUAACCAAUUAAUGACAGAGUUACAACGUUUAUUGAAAGGAUUAAGAUUGAGAACAAUUCAUAGAGAUAAUAAGAAUAGAACAUUUGUAUGUAGAGAGAUUAUAGAAGAAGAUGCAAUGCAAAAGAUGAUAGAAUUUGAAGAUCCAGAUACACCACCAAUGUGUGUAGCAGAUUAUUUUGCUAAGCAUUAUAAGCCAUUACAGUAUCCUAAUCUACCACUAAUUAAGUUUAAAGUAAGAGGAGACCAAUACAUUUUUAUGCCAAUGGAAGUAUUAGAGAUACCAGAAAGCCCAAAACAAAAGUAUAAUAGUUCAUUGACAGAAAACAUGACAGCAGUGAUGAUAAAAGAAGCAGCAAAGAGACCAGUAGAUCGUUUUGCAAUGAUUGAAUCGAAAGCAAGAGAAUUACAGUUGCGAAACAAUAAUCAAUUAGAGAAAUUUGGUGUAAUUUUUAAUAACAAUGUUCAUAAUUGCCAAGGAUUGAUGUUACCAGCACCGAAAAUUGUAUUUGGGGGAGAGAGAGCCUGUAAUGUAAAUAAUGGAUCAUGGAAUCUAGUGAAUAUGAAGGCAUUACAAUCAGUACCAAUAACAUCAUUUAAGAUCUUUGCAUUCAGAGAAUUUGAUUUACCUGAUAAUAGAAUGAUAGGAUCAUUUUUAGGAAUAGCUUCCAAAUAUGGAAUGUAUUUUGAAGAACCAAUAUUACAAACAGUAUCGAGUGUAAAAGAAUUUACAGAAAUGGAGAGAGGGUUUAUGAACUUAGUAAUUUUACCUAACAAUGACUCAGUAAGGUAUGGAGAGAUUAAGAGACAUUGUGAGACUUAUAAAGCUAAUUUCACUCAAUGUAUGUUAGCAAAGAAUAGAAAUCAGUUAAUGAAACCUGCAUUUGUGUCAAAUCUAUUAAUGAAGAUUAAUACAAAGAUAGGAGGAAAGAACUUUGGAGUAGAUACGAAGAUAUUUGGAGACAAACCAACCAUGAUAUUUGGUAUUGAUGUUAGUCAUCCUGGCAUAUCUGAGGAUAGAAUGCCAACCAUUGCAGCAGUAGUGGGUUCAUUAGAUUAUGAUUUCAUUACUCACACAACUGACAUUUGUGCACAAGAAGCUAGAAAGGAUGUAGUUGUUAAUUUACAAUCAAUCAUUGUUAAUCAAUUAAAGAAGCAUUUUAAUUCAACGGGUAUCAAACCUGAGAGGAUUAUUAUAUUUAGAGAGGGUAUUAAUGAUUCUGCUAUGGAUCAUGUUUUUAGUACUGAAAUUGCUGCUAUUAAAGAUGCUUGUGUUGAACUUGAAAAAGGUUAUUUGCCUGAGAUCAAUUUCAUUGUGUCACAAACUAGACACAAUGUUAGAUUUGGUACUGCUGAUGAUUGCUCUAAUUUACAGCCUGGUUCGUUUGUUUCUGGUCUUGGUAAUAAACAAUUCCUUGACUUCUUCUUGGUAUCUGCAAAUGCUUUACAAGGUACUGCUAAACCUACUAGGUAUGUCUUGUUUUACAAUGAGAGUGGUUUUACUCAAGAAUCUUUGUAUAAUCCUUUGUUCUCAUUAUGUCAUCUAUUCCAAAGAGCUACUAAAUCAGUUUCUCAACCACCUUGUGUAAGGUAUGCUCAUUUAGCUUGUCAGAGGGGUAGAUUUUAUAUUGAGCCUGAUAGAACUCUUGAUGAGAAUACUCUUACUCUUAGAAGUGUUUUAUUCCAAAUUACUAACACUCUUUAUUACGUUUGA